AGGCAAUCGAGGUUCCGUGCAUGUCACGCAUUUUGAGAAAGAUAUAAAUUGCCUCAAAAUACUAAUUUAAUAGAACACACUUUCUUUGCUUAUUUUGUUUUCGGUAGCUAAAAAAACGACUGCUUUUGUCAACGUCUAUUAGCAUAUUAGCAUAUUCGUGCUACGGAAGUAGACAAAGGAGCGCUGUCAAAACCGCACGCUGCUUGCUUCUCCUGUCACUCUGGAUCCUGCUCAGAGGAGGAAAGUGUCGCAGUGAGACUCUCCGGCCUGUCUGCUGUCACUAUGGCGCGAGUUGAAACAUCCUCCAGCAGGCCGUACCACCUGGUCAUCUUCGGAGCCUCCGGCUUCACGGGACAGUUUGUGGUGGAGGAGGUGGCCCGGACUGUGUCCGAAGGUCCGAAGGGGAACCUGAAGUGGGCCGUGGCCGGCAGGAGCAAGCAGAAGCUGGAAAAAGUUCUGGAGCAGGCCGCUGGAGUCCUCAGUAAGCCCGAGCUGAGAUCAGAGGUGGACAUCAUCGUGGCAGAUGUAGGAGAACCAGACUCCCUAGCAGCUAUGUGCAAACAGGCUGUGAUUGUUCUCAACUGUGUGGGGCCUUACAGAUUCUAUGGCGAGCCAGUGGUCAAAGCAUGUGUGGAGAAUGGAGCGCACCACAUUGACAUCUCUGGAGAACCUCAGUUUCUGGAGGGCAUGCAGUUGAACUACAACAGCCAGGCAGCGGACAAAGGCGUGUACGUCAUUGGGAGCUGUGGGUUCGACUCCAUUCCUGCAGACAUGGGAGUCCUCUACACCAGAGACCAGUUUAAGGGUACACUGUCUGCAGUGGAGAGCUUCCUGACCGUCGCCUCAGGACCUGAAGGUGGAUGUAUUCACGAUGGCACAUGGCAGUCAGCCGUCCAUGGUUUUGCAGACAGCCAGAAGCUCCAGAGUCUGAGGAGGAAGUUUAAUCACAAACCUCUCCCUACUGUGGGCUCAAGGAUUAAACGCAGGGGAACAUUGUUCUUCAGUAAUGAGAUCCAGCAGUAUACCGUGCCCUUCAUGGGCUCUGAUCCCUCCGUUGUGAAGAGAACUCAGCGAUUCCUGGUGGAGGAACAUCAAGCCACACCAGUCCAGUAUGGAGCAUAUGCAGGAAUAGGAGGUGUCGGGAGCAUCAUCAAGCUGAUGUUUGCUGGCAUGAUGUUCUGGUUCUUAGUCAAGUUCAGCUUCGGACGCAACCUGCUCAUCAAGCACCCAGAAUUCUUCUCUUUUGGAGUCUUCUCCAAGGCUGGACCAACUAGAAAGCAGAUGGAGGCUUCAUCCUUCCAGUUUGCCUUCUAUGGAGAGGGCUACACAGAGGAGCAGGACCCCUCACAGGGAAAACCUAACGCCAAGAUCCGCACACUGGUUCAAGGACCGGAGUGUGGAUAUGUGGCGACGCCCAUCGCCAUGGUGCAGGCUGCCCUAACAAUCCUCAACGAACCCACAGCUCUGCCCAAGACGGGUGGCGUUUACACUCCAGGAGCUGCUUUUGCAAAAACCACACUGAUCGACCGCCUCAACAAACACGGCAUCCAGUUCUCUGUCAUCUAAAGUUCGUCCCCUCGCUGAUGCUCGUACCCCAGGUUUUUGUGAGCACUUACUAAUAUGCAUUGUAACAACUGGGAAGUUUCCAGCUUCAGAAGGGAGCCAUCUAAUCACAAGAGAGCCGUGACGACAGGUGGUUACACGCAAAGAUGAAGUCCAAACAUUGUUUUUGAUGGCACUUGUGGCAUUUAUCCUUUUCAUUUAGUCAGAAACUUGCCAGUCUCUUUUCGGCUUGAAUGUACUAUUAACAUUCUGCUUGUAAAACAAAUAGCACAACUGCUGCUGCAGCGUCUCCUCGCCAAGGAUGGAAACAGAACCGCUGUGUGUAAAUGGGUUCAGCAUGGUCCUCCACUAACAUGAUUAUUGCCAAUCGAAGAGGAAUUUGGGACAAAACUUGGUUCACUUCAUGUCUUCAAACACAGAAAAUAAAAAAAUAUUAAUGUUACACUGUCAUUCAUAUUUGUAUGUAAUUGGAUUGAAAAGAGAAACAUGAACUUAUAUAAGAUUGGUUAGUGGCAUUUUAUACAAAUACAAGAUCUAAAUGUGUUUAAACAAUGAUUUUCUAAUGAGACUACAUCCAUAACAUAGAAGUCUGUCCCUAGCUGUCAUACAUUCAUGUUGAAGUCUCUCUCGGUUUAAACCUGAGUUAGACGCUUGGACCACAGUUAAAAAUCUCCCUUCAAUGAUCCGUGUUACUUUACAACAGUAUUUUAGGCAGACAUUAACUGUGAUUGUCGUAUGUGGCAGAGUAGAGGAGGUGAGGUAGGCAGUAAACAGAACAAUAGCUGUUGUAAACAUGAUUAGAAAAAAAUGUUUUCAUAAAGAGUUUACCUGAAGAUGUCAUCAGCUGUUACUGGGUAAAAAAAAAAACUUCUACAUUCUUCAAGUGUUGUUCCUGUAACAUACAAAAGGUUUAUACGUAGAAGGACAAUAGUAAGUAGCCUAACAUGAUCGUGGUACAUGUUUUGUUCUGGUUCAGUGGAGUUUGAAGAGAACAUGCUUGACUUUCCUGGCCUGUUGAGUAGAAUCUUGUUUGCUUGUUUUCAGACAGUUAACAGUAGAACUAUCCUCUGUUGAAUGUUCCUUUUUUUUUUUUUUUGUCAGAAUGUUUCAAAGAUUCAAACAUUUGCUUUUGAGCCUCGUCGCAAAACGCAUCCAGUUGCUUGUGCACCAAAUGGCAUGAGUCGCUCCGUCAGACUGCACAGAUCCUCUCUGCUGAUUAGACGUUAAGUGAGUGAAACAAUUAUUUUUAUUUCACUCUUCAGGACUGGAAUAGUUGCACCAACAGUGACAGUGCAGACUUGUCUUUCAUGUUUGAGCGUUAUGUGCACGUGGCGUUUCUUUUCGGGUUAUGUUUUGGUGUGCUUUGCUUUGUGUGGGACUCAUAAAUAAAGCCAACUCUGCAAAUACGA